UGAUAUUGAUAUCCGACUAUGGAAACUAUACGCAGUCAGCUGGGAACUACACGUUGAUUUAUUUUGAGGCGCUGGCAUUCAGGUUGAAAGGCAUUCCGAUUUAAAAUUUAAAUUAUAUAUCCAGUAAAUACACAAAUGUCGUCUGCUAAUAUGGAGAAGGGGCAGCUGAUAAGCCAGGUGAAGCAGCAGAUCGCUCUGGCCAAUGCCCAGGAAAUGCUGGCAAAGAUGACCCACAAGUGUUUCUCAAAGUGCAUCCAUAAGCCGGGCAAGGCGCUGGACAACUCGGAUCAGCGCUGUAUCUCACAGUGCAUGGAUCGUUACAUGGAUGCCUGGUAUCUGGUGUCGCGUACCUAUGGCAAUCGCCUCCAGCGGGAGCAGUACAGGGAUAUGGACACCAUGGAGAUGACCAACUAGAAUAUGAUUUCCGAUUGUUACGUAAAUAAAGCUGCUUGGUUUCGAAAGUAUA